AUGCAAGAAGACUGUUUUUGCCAAGAGCGUUUUCAUGGAGACCUUUCGACAAAGAAAAUAUGUAGAGCGAAAAAAGCGCUCGAUGAGCAGUUCACUGAGCUGCGAGAAACUUUACAACAAGAACGCGGUGAUGCGAUCACAGAAGUAACACAAAACGAUGAUGUCCGAUCACCGCCGAUUGAUGAAGAAGCGAAAGAUCUCAGCUUCAACAAAGGAUAA